CACCUGGCUCCACAUCAGGGGGGCCCCAGGGAGUGGCAGUGCACACUCAGCCCUUGUGGUCUGAUAAGGGGCCCUGCAACACUGCCCCCAUUUAUGACCUGAUUGCUCUUCCACGUGGUUCCUUUGUCCAAGGACACCUGGGAGGAAGCGCUCGGAGCCCUUGCGCAAGGAAGUAGCACCAGGUCCCUCGGGGCCAGCCGACAUCAGGGUCCCCUCGUGAUCUGCUGUUUGAAGUCACGUGUGGAGCGACCCAGGACCCCUUCCAAGACCGGUCCCAUGGCACCUGCCCUGCGGCCACAGGCUCCAGUCUCCCAGGGCCGUGGGGAGAUAAACUGGGUGUAGGGGGAGUCAGGCACAGCUGAGCGGGGCUCGCCUUGGGGCUCCCCGUGAACGUGGGUGCAUCUUGUGGCGCCUGCCUUGCAUGAGCUCACGGGGCCUCACGGGAGCUGCUCCAGGCCGGCACUGCUGUGACUACAUCUCACAGAUUAGGAGACGGGUCUGAGGGGAUGAGCUCCUGGGGGCACAGUGGUAAACGGGACCCAGACAUCAGGGCCUGUGCCUGGCAACACCAGCCACACUGCCCAAAUGAUUGUUGCCAGAUUAACAAUUGUGAUUUCUACGGGAAUAAGCCGACAGGAGGCCAAGGACUAAACACUGAAGGGUGAAGACCCCAACUGCUUGGGGCAGGGAACUAGGCCACGCUGGGUACCUGCUCCAAGCUCUGGGAGACCUCAAGGCCUGAGUAGGGGCAGGGUGGCCAUGGCCCGUGGCACCACAGUGCUUCUUCCAGCGGGGCCUCCACUGAGCAGGGCUGGGCAGCAGAGGGCACAAUACCUGGGGCCUGACCUUUGGUCUGAAGGCACUGGGCAGGUGGGAGCCUACCUGGGCCAGGGGCCCCUCUCCUGGACACUUUUACAACCGGAUGUUCAUCCUCAGCACCACAGGGUGGGGCCUGCUAACAGGCAGCAGGUACAGAAGGGGCUGGGUCCCCAGUCUCCAGGUAGAGCAGAGUCAGCCUGUGGGGCCACAGGCAGACAACCAGGCAAAAUAGCCACCAGGCUGCCCAGCAAGCACCCUGUCUCUUGGCCUCCUUCCCCCUGGGAACCCACCAUGCCGCUGCCUGGCCACCUCCUACCUGCCCUGGUCCUGCUCCUGGGUGAGUUGUCAGAUCUAGCUGCCGAAGCAGGGCCAGCCCUGGGCAUAGAUGCUAGCCCUGCAGGGCAGGAGGGUGCAAGGGCCUGGGUGCUGGGGGAACAGAACAAGCUUUCGGGAAAGGGGCAAGAAUUCUGUUUCCCCUGGCCCCAGUGUCCACAGGUCCCAAGGCAAGGGGGCCCUGGAGGCAGACCUUACUCCACCAGUGCAACCAAAUGGAGUCUUGGGUCCAGGGCAGCCUGGGCUCUGCUCCCCCUUCAGGGGGCUCCCAUGUCGGGGGCCCUUGGUCCCGUGCACACACCCUCCCUGAUCCCGACAUGCUGCCACCAUCUCCCAGGCCAGAUGUACUCUGCGGGGCCCUGACUGGGAGCCCCAGACAGCAGGACCCAGCCCCCUCCCCUACCUGCCCUCUUGGCCCCCAGGGCCCCAAAGCAGGUAGACAACACUGUGGGUUGCCUGGGUUUGGGGGGCAUCCUGACUCCGGCCACCUGGCUGUCUCUCUGCCAGCAGCAGGGUCCCCAGGCCGGGCCUGGACCCCCAGCACCUGCAGGGCCCCUGGUGAGGCCACGUGCAACUUUGUGUGUGACUGCCCGGGCUGCUCCGACGAGACCCAGUGCGGUUACCACGCAGCCUCACCUGCCUUAGGUGUCCCGUUCGCUUGCGACUUUGAGCAGGACUCCUGCGGCUGGCGGGACAUCAGCACCUCGGGCUACAGCUGGCUCCGGGACCGGGCAGGAGCCACGCUUGAGGCCCUGGGGCCACGCUCUGACCACACCCUUGGCACAGACCUUGGCUGGUACAUGGUUGUUGGCAUCCACCGUGGGAAAGAGGCCGCUGGUGCCACCCUGCGCUCUCCUGUCCUGUGGAAUGCGGCCCCUACCUGUGAGCUGAGGCUCUGGUACCAUGUGGCCGCUGGAGCUGUGGCUGAACUGCGGCUAGAGCUGACCCACAGGGCCGAGACCUUGACCCUGUGGCAGAGCUCCGGGCCCUGGGGCACAGGCUGGCAGGAGCUGGUGGUGACCACUGGCCGCAUCCAGGAUGACUUCCGGGUGACCUUCUUUGCCACUCGAAAUGCCACCCACAGGGGCACCGUGGCCUUGGACGACCUGGUCUUCAGGGACUGUGGGCUGCCUGCCCCCCAGGCCCACUGCCCCCUGGGGCAUCACCACUGCCAGAACCUGGCCUGUGUGGCGCCCCACCAGCUGUGCGACGGGGAGGACAACUGUGGGGACCGCUCUGACGAGGACGCAUACUCCUGCCGCCACCACAUAGCCACCAAUUUUGAGAUGGGCCUGGGUCUGUGGAACCACUUGGAGGGCUGGGCGCGGAACCACAGCACAGGCGCCUGGCAUCCAGCCUGGCCACACAGGGACCACAGCCAGAACAGUGCACAGGGCUUCUUCCUGGUCUCCGUGGCCGAGCCCAGCAGCCCUGCCGUCCUCUCCAGCCCCAUAUUCCAAGCCUCGGGUGCACACAACUGCUCGCUCGUCUUCUAUUACUACCUGCACGGAUCCGAGCACGGCUCCCUCCAGCUCUUCUUGCAGAUGGAGAACCCAGGCUCACCCCAGGUCUCCAUCCUGCUGCGCCGGCGCUGCGGGGAGCUGGGGGCUGCCUGGGUCCGAGACCGGGUCGACAUCCAGAGCGAGCACCCCUUCCGGAUCCUGCUCACAGGGCACACGGGCCCAGGGGGCGUCCUGAGCCUGGAUGACCUCAUUCUGUCAGAACACUGCCAGCCAGUUCCAGAGCUGUCCAGCCCGCCUCGUGGGCUCUGGGCCCUGGCCCUCCAGCCCCAGCCAUCCAGCCUGCCACCUCAGGACUUCUGCGAGCCCGGACAUCUUUCCUGUGGGGAACUGUGCAUCCCCCCAGAGCAGCACUGUGACUUCCAGCAACAGUGUGAGGGGGGCGAGGAUGAGCAGGAAUGUGGGACCACGGACUUCGAGGCACCCGCCGCCGGGGGCUGGGAGGAUGCCAGCGUGGGGCGGCUGCAGUGGAGGCGUCUCCAGGCCCAGGAGAGCGGGGGCCCAGGCACAGAUGCUGGCGGGGUUGCGGCUGGGCACGUCCUGUCCUUGCAGAGGGCCUGGGGCCAGCUGGCGGCAGAGGCCCGGGUCCUCACACCUGCCCUGGGCCCCUCAGGCCCCCGCUGUGAGCUCCGUGUGGCUUACUAUUUCCAUGGUCACCCUCAAGGCUUCCUGGCCCUGGUGGUGGUGGAGGGCGACAGCCGUGAGCUGGUAUGGCAGGCCCCGAGCGGCGACAGGGGCUGGAAGGUGGAUACCAUCCUGCUGGGGGCACGCCGCCGGCCUUUCCGGCUGGAGUUGGUUGGGCUGGUGGACUUGGACGGCCCUGGCCAACAGGGUGCCGGAGUGGACGACGUGACCCUGAAGGACUGCAGCCCCGCGGCAGCCAUGCAGGACUCAGAGAUCUCCUGUAACUUUGAGCGGGACACGUGCGGCUGGCACACCGGCCACCUCACCGAUGCCCACUGGCGCCGAGUCCAGAGCCGUGGCCAUGGGUACGACCACACCACAGGCCAAGGCUACUUCUUGCUCCUGGACCCAACGGACCCCCCGGCCCGGGGCCCUGGCGCCCAUCUGCUCACCCAGCCCCAGGCCCCCUCAGGCCCUCAGGAGUGUCUCUCCUUCUGGUACCACCUCCAUGGGCCCCAGAUUGGGACACUGCGCCUGGCAGUGAGACGGGAAGGAGAGGCAGAGGUACUGCUGUGGUCGCGGACCAGCACCCAGGGCAACCGCUGGCACAAGGCCUGGACUACCCUGCACCACCAGCUGGGCUCAGGCACCAAGUACCAACUGCUGUUCGAGGGCCUCCGGGACGGCUACCACGGCACCAUGGCACUGGACGAUGUGGCCGUGCGGCCCGGGCCCUGCUGGGCCCCCAGGCAGUGCUCCUUUGAGGACUCAGCCUGUGGCUUUUCCAGUGGGGGCCAGGGCCUUUGGACACGCCAGGCCAAUGCCACGGGCCUCGCCUCCCGGGGCCCUCACACUGACCACACCACAGAGACCGCUCAGGGGCACUACAUGGUGGUGGACAUGAGCCCCCAGGCCCUGCCCCGUGGCCAGGUGGCCUCCCUGACCUCAGAGGUGCACCAGCCUCUGGCCCAGCCAGCCUGCCUGACCUUCUGGUACCACCUGAGCCUCAGAAACCCAGGCACCCUGCAGGUCCAUGUGGAGGAAGCCCAGAGGUAUCAGGUGCUCAGCAUCAGCGCCCGUGGAGGCUUUGCCUGGCGCCUGGGAAGUGUGGAUGUGCAGGCCGAGAGGGCCUGGAGGGUGGUAUUUGAGGCGGUCGCCGCCGGCACAGAGCACUCCUACAUUGCGCUGGAUGACCUGCUCCUCCAGGAUGGGCCCUGCCCUCAGCCAGCUUCCUGUGACUUCGAGGCUGGCUUAUGUGGCUGGAGCCACAUGCCCUGGCCUGGCCUGGGAAGCUAUAGCUGGGACUGGAGUAGUGGAGCGACACCCUCCCGCUACCCCCAGCCCCCUGUGGACCACACGCUGGGCACAGAAGCAGGCCACUUUGUUCUCUUUGAAACGGGUGUGCUGGGUCCAGGAGGCCGGGCAGCCUGGCUGCGCAGCCAGCCCCUGCCUGCGACUGAGGCCUCCUGCCUCCGCUUCUGGUACCAUGUGGGCUUUCCGGAGCACUUCUAUAAGGGUGAGCUGAGGGUGCUCCUGAGCAGCGUGCGGGGCCAGUUGGCUGUGUGGGGCACCAGUGGGCACCUGCGGCAUCAGUGGCUGGAAGGCCAGGUGGAGGUGGCCAGUGCUGAGGAGUUCCAGAUCGUGUUUGAAGCCACUCUCAGCGGCCAGCCGGCCCUGGGGCCCAUCGCCCUGGAUGAUGUGGAAUACCUGGCAGAGCAGCACUGCUGGCUGCCUGCACCCACCCAGGGGGAUACAUUACUGGCCGCCUCAGUGCCAACUAUGGUCGGCAGUGCCCUCCUCAUCCUUGUCCUCCUGGUGCUGCUCGGACUCGUGGGGCGGUGCUGGCUGCAGAAGAAGGGGGGCUGCCCCUCGCAGGGCGAGAUGGCAGCCGAGGCCUCAGGCUUCGACAACAUCGUCUUCAAUGCGGAUUGUGUUACCCUGCCGGCUUCGCUUACCGACAACCAGUAGAUGACUGAGAGAAGCCUGCUCCCAUCAGCCCUGCUCCGCAGAGUAACACCUGCCCCUCCCCCAGAAUGCACCCACACUGCCACCCACGAGCCUGGGAAUGGUCCCCACCCCAACAAUAAAUGCCCUGGCCUAUGAGGGCA